CACGCAUUUUCAUAACGACUCGAUUCCUUCCGUCUCCAUGAAGGUGUACACCCUCUUACUCUCCUCGGUGACGCUUCUUGUAGGUGUCGCGCUGAACGUCGGCGUGAUGGCGUCUCCGCCCUCUGCAGGUCCCGAAGUUCGCCGCGUCGAAGAGCGGGCGAAUGAGAUCGCGCGUGCACCCCGACCGAUUCCUUUCAUUCCGAACAUUGAUCCCGCCACAAAGGCUCUUUUCAGGCGCGAGGACAAAGAAUGGACCUUUGGCGGGUACCAGACCCAGAAGAGCUCUGGUAAGGACGUUAUCAUGAAGGCCGAGUUCAACGAGACUGCUGGUUCAUCCUGGUGCAACGAGAUCGAAGGUGUUGGCGAGGACGACAACCGUGAGAACAACAUCACGAAAGCGCACGUUGAUUCUCACAUGGGCUACACGAACCCUGGGCCCGAGUCCCGCCCGCCGGAAUAUGUCUGCUUCUUCUACGAGUCCCGUCACAAGUGUGACCCGAAGGAUGGGCACGCCGAGUACGUCGAGAGCGUCGCCGUUAUCAAAGCAGACCAAGGCAACAACACCGAGUUCGACGUCACUAAGUACAAGUAUAUCAGCUGGGGCUGCACUUGGCACCCUCUGAACGAGAAGUGCGAACAUGACGACAACGGUACUGGCCACAAGCCUGGAGAGAAGUGCAACCGUUGAUCUCUCCGCCUGCCUCUCUUGUGAAGAUGGGGCAGUCUUCUGUGUUUCUUUACGUAGGCGAAUAAUUCAGGGCAUGUUUCAAUGAGAUCUCUCUCUGGUAGUGGUUACUAUAACGCAAUGCUCCUUGGAGCAGCUGUAUUCAUCUAAGCCUCAAUGGUGGCAUUUUCCGCGAUGGAAUGCGACAAGGUUCAUCUGGA